AGUUCCUGGAAACCCACAUAAGACAGAUGGUGGACACAAUUUCCAGCAGAACUAAGCGGAAGGAAACCGGAAGUGCGUCGGUAGCGCGGCCGUUUCGAGUCUAAAAGUAGUUUUGAGCUCGGAGAUGGAUCGGUACUUGCUGCUGGUGACCUGGGGUGAAAGAAAGUUUCCAUCGACGGCCAGUGAGGAGGUAGACCCCGGGCCAGAGGUGUCGUCUGUUGACGGUACUGAGAAACAGCCUGACUUCACAGCAGCAAAUGUUUAUCGCCUCCUAAAAAGAAGCAUUAGUACUUCAAUCAACCCAGACGAUAGUACUUUCCCUGCCUGUUCAGUGGGUGGCAUUCCUGAUUCCAAGAAGUGGUUUUUUGCAGUGCAGGCCAUAUGUGGCUUUUACCAGUUCUGUAGCUCUGAUUGGCAAGAGAUACAUUUUGAUGCAGAAAAAGAUAAGAUUGAAGAUGUUCUUCAAGCAAAUAUUGAAGAAUGUUUGAGUGCCCUUGAGUGCUUGGAAGAAGAGGACAGCAACAGCAGGGAGUCCCUGUCCUUGGCCGAGCUAUAUGAAGAAUCUGCAGAAAAUUUGCAUCAGUUAUCAGACAAGCUUCCUGCUCCUGGUAGGGCAAUGAUAGACAUAAUACUAUUGCCCUCUGACAAAGAUCCUUCUAAAUUGAAAGACUGUUUACCUACUAUCGGAGCAUUAAAACAUCUGAGAGAAUGGCAUUCAGCAAAAAUUACUAUAGCAGGAAAUCACUGUGAAACAAACUGUCAGAAGAUUGCUGAAUACCUUUCUGCUAAUGUUGUAUCUUUAGAAGAGCUCGGCAGUGUGAUUGACUCAAAGGAAUUAUGGAGGGGAAAGAUUCAGAUAUGGGAAAGAAAGUUUGGAUCUGAAGUUAGUUUUCCUGAAUUUUGUUUAAAGGGAGUCACACCUAAGAAUUUUAGUACAUCUACUUUAAAUACUUGCUUUCUUGCCAAAAAGAGAACAGCAUCAAAGGAUAAAGAUAUUUUGCCAAAGGUUUUCCAUUAUUAUGGUCCUGCUCUACAGUUUGUGCAGAUGAUAAAAUUAUCAGAUUUACCUUCCUGCUACGUGUCGGACCUUGAAUUCGAGUUAGGGCUGACAGAAAACAGCAGCAGGCAGAGCUCCAUGUUGCUGCUGGAGCAGAUUUCUUCUCUGUGUGGCAAGGUGGGUGCUCUUUUUGCAUUGCCAUGUACUGUUAGCAACAUAUUCAUCCCACCUCCCACCCAGCUCAGCUCAAGAAAGUGGAAGGAAUACAUAGCCAAAAAGCCGAAGACAAUCAGUGCUCCCGAUGUGGAUGUGAAGGGAGAGCGAGCGAGCUUUUACCUCUUGCUAUGCGGCAGGGUGAGGAGAAUGUGCAGGGCCACCCUGCUUCACUCUGCCAGCCAGAUCAACGGUGCCUUCGCACUCAGUGCCAUUCUCGGAAAGAUGAAAACAGUGACAGCAGAUGCCAAACUGAGUGGUCCUUUUGACCUCCUAGCACUUCCGAAUUUCUCUGGGGAGCAGGUUGUACAGAGAGAGGAGCAUUUAGCCACUGCUCAAGCAUCAGUGUUGAAAGAAUGCCUGGAAAGGAGAAAGUUGGCAAAGGAGCCCGUAGCAUUUUCUGCUGAUGAACUCAAAAGUCUGUUAAGACUCACGAGGGAACGCUUUCUUCAUCAUUUUGAUGUUCUUACUCCUAAAACGGUUCUAAGACAGAUAGAUAAAAUUAAAACCUCAGCUGUGUUAAAUGCUGCCAGUCGAGUAGAACCUGACUCUUCAAAUCUAAUGGAAACCAGUUCUUUGGGAUGGCCAGAAAAGCAUGUUCUUCAAAAUUUGGAAACUUUUGAAAAAGCUAGACAAAAAAUGAGUGGUGAAUUCGCACGCACCUUCACUAAAUCUAGACAACAUUGUUUCUCCAGAGCUGCUUCUUUACCUCGUUCAUCGGAGCAGUUGCUGGGCCCUAAAGAGGGUCCCCGUGAUUCGGGCCUGCUGGAUGCGAAGGAGCUGCUGAAGUACUUCACCUCCGAUGGGUUGCCGCUGGGGGACCUCCAGCCUUUGCCCGUGCAGAAGCGGGACAAGACUUUUGCUUUGACACCAGAACUUAGUCCUCGGAAACUCCAGGCCUUACCUUUUGAAAAAGCCUUAGUGUGUCAUUACCAUGGAAUUGAAUACUGCUUGGAUGACCGAAAGGCUUUGGAGAGAGACGGCGGAUUUUCAGAACUGCAGUCUCGCCUUAUUCGUUACGAAACACAGACGACCUGCACCAGGGACAGCUUUCUCGGCCCCGCGGUGUUGAGCCCCAUCCCGUCGCCUGCGGUUCCGGUUCUGGUUCCCGCGGAGCCUGGGAGUGGUUCGGACGGAAAACCGCUGCAGAGCGAGCUCGGACCCGGACCCGGACCCGGACCCGAGGCGUCCCGCCUGACGCGGAGGUCCGGGGAGCUGAGCUGCCCUCGGCCCCCUAAAAGAGCCGUGAAAUCUGACAGCUUAGAUUCUCUUCUGUCCCAGCCAACUGGCACUAGUCGCCAGCAUCACGCAGUGACGUCCAGGAAGCCGCAGCCAGAGCAGCCCUCAGCCAUGGCGCAUCCUUCCCUUUCCAAUCCUGGCAGCGAAGCUCCGAAAGCCAUGAAAAAGGCUGGCUCUGGUCAGAACAGCAUGCACGAGUCAAAACCAUCAGGGCAAACUAAGGAGUCCAGGUCUCAGAAGCAUACAAGGAUCCUGAAAGAAGUGGUAGCCGAGUCCCUGAGGAAACACUGCAUCACUGAGGCUCACGAGUGUUUCCCUGCCUGUAGCCAGCGGCUCUUUGAGAUCUCCAAGUGCUACCUGAAGGAUCUUAAAACUUCAAGAGGUUUAUUUGAAGAAAUGAAGAAAACAGCAAACAACAAUGUCACACAGGUAAUUGAAUGGGUUUUGGAAAAAACAAGCAAGAAAUGAUACAGAAUCUCUUUUGGACAAGAAAAGUCUUGAUGCUACUGUUUACUGCUUCAUUCCUUAGCUUGAAAAUUAGAAACAAAUUUCAAAUUUUUUCCAAUAAUAGGUGUUAAUAUUUCUAGAGCACUUUAUAAGUAUCCUGCAUUUACGUAGUCUUGGUAAUGUUCAGUUAAUGUAUUUUUAAUUGUGUCUAUACUAUAUUUUAAUUUUAAAGUUAUUUUUAUUUUUAAAGUUUUAUUCUUGUUAUCUUAAUAUUACAAUAAAUAGAAAUAUUUCCUU